AUGGCAGGCUCGCGGGUCGAGGCACUACUUGCCUCCUUCCCGAAGCUGAUUCAUUCUGGGUCUCAGCAUACAUUUGUGGAAACAGAGUUUGUUCGUUACGUGUACCAGCCACUGGAAGACCUCUAUAUGAUCCUCAUUACGACGAAAAAUUCCAAUAUUCUCCAGGACAUUGAAUCAUUACAGCUGUUUGCUCGAGCCGUUAGUGACCAGUGUCACUCGUUGGAUGAGAAUGACAUCCUUAUGUCGUGCUUUGAGAUCUUAGAGGCUUUUGAUGAGAUCGUAUCCCUCGGCUACCGAGAAAAAGUCACGCUCUCGCAGGUCCGCACGAUGCUGGAAAUGGACAGUCACGAAGAGCGCAUUCAUGAAAUCAUUGAGCGCAACAAGGAGCUUGAGGCCAAAGAAGAGCUUAAGCGCCGCGCGCGCCAGCUCGAGAUGCAGCGGCGCGACGCAGCUCGUCGUGGUCAGUCUGGCUUUGGCAGCGACAUGCCCCGCACGUACGAUUCAACUCCUACAGCGGCACCAGUGCACAGUAUGCCCGAGGAUACGUCGGCGCCUGUACAGGCGGCUCCUUUCAAGAACAAGGGUAUGCAGCUUGGAAAAAAACCAAAGGGUUCUGCGCUGUUGGGGGCCGUGUCCAAGGCGCCAUCCUCUAAGCCCCUGGCCGCUGUCCCCGUCCCAUCGGUCAAGCCAGCGCCGAAGCCUCUCUCGAAACCUGUGUCCAUAUCCGGCCCCUCUCCUGUGCCCAAGCCCGCGGCAGUUGUACCACCAGCAAAGGUGCCUAUGAGCGAGACUGGACCGGUGUCGAAAGGAUUCGAUGCCUCUGAGCGCGAUGUCAGCCCCGAACAUAAUGCUCCAUCUACCGCAUCUGUUCAAGAUUUGGUCGACGUGACGGAUCCUUGGUCAGAGACCCAGGCUGCAUCUACGGAUCAGGGGAAAAACAGUGUCCCGUCUCAGAAUGUGCCUGUGCCAGAAGACACUCGGCCCGCUUCAUCCUGGAAGGAGGAGCCUGGCCUCACUGAUGUUCAGCCUGCUGGAAAUGACUAUCUUGCGCAAAAGGAAUAUUCAGCUGAGGAAGCAUAUCCUGUCGAAGAAGCAUAUCCCACCGAGCAUGCCUACCCCACCGAGCAUGCCUACCCCACCGAGCAUGCCUACCCCGCCGAGGAUGCCUAUCCUGCCGAGGAUGCCUAUCCUGCCGAGGAUGCCUAUCCUACCGAAGAAGCGUAUCCCGCCGAGGGUGCCUACCCCGCCGAGGCUUAUCCUGCCGAAGAAGCAUAUCCCGUCGAUGAAGCCUAUCCUGCCGAAGAUGCCUACCCUGUCGAGAGCCAUGCCACUGCCGCCGAGACUGCCGAGGACCCUUAUCACGCUGGCGCAGCGGAUGUUUUUGCCACAGAUUCUUAUCGUGACAGAGCUGCUCCCCCUCUGCAGGGACCAUCGGUUGGCAGCGCAUCCCAGAGUGCCUUGGACCAGGCUCAGGCACCUUCUACGAUGUCUCCGUCGCUCACCGAGCUGGGCCAGGCGGCACAUGGGUCUAGUCUUCAGGGUGCCCCCGUGCCAGAACCUGCAGUGCCGGCUAAUGAAACGCCUGCUGCACAGAGCAUUCACCUCUUACUCAAAGAGCGUGUGUCUGCCACGGGCAAUCGUGACGGUGGCCUUGACUCGCUUGAGAUUAAGGGUGAUUUGCUGUUGAAAAUCACUGACCCUGCCUCAACGCGUCUGCGCAUCCACUUGAAGGCUGAUGAGCGGUUUGGUGGUGCAGAGGUCCAGUACCGUACUCACCCGCAUGUUGACAAGCAGCCAUGGGCAGCUGAUCGCACCAUUGCGCUGCGCGAUCCUAAGCGCGAGUUUCCCCAGAACCAGCAGGUGGGUGUGCUCCGCUGGCGUGCGGUUUCCAAGGAGGAUUCGACCUUGCCCCUUUCCAUCACAGUUUGGGUUAGUCCCUCGGGUGAUGGUGCAUGCGAAGCCAAUAUCGAAUACCAGUUGGAGAAUCCUUCACUCACACUCACCGAUGUGGUAAUUAGUGUGCCGGUGCCAGCAGGAUCUACACCGGAUAUCUCCGGCCCCGAAGAAGGUGAUUGCGAGUUUGACGUGGCCAACAGUCGCAUCACCUGGCGUAUUCCCAGCGUUUCAGCUAACAACGCAUCGGCUAGUAUGGACAUGUCGGUCUCCAGUGGAGCUGACACUGCCGACGUUUUCUUCCCGGUGUCAGUGGACUUUUCUGCGGCACAGCCUCUCCUGAACAUCGGCAUUGACAGUAUUGUCGAUGCUUCGUCAGGUGCACCGCGGCCCUUCUCGAACGAAGCGGUGCUAGUAGCCGACAACUACCUAGUGCACUAG